UUUCUUUCUUUCUUUUUCUGCGUUGAACUAGCUAGCUAGCUUGUGAUUAAAGAAGAGUCUUGUUGUGUACUCCAUGGGUACGUACGUUUGUUAGCGCGUCGUUGAUUAGUUCAGCUGAUCCAGGUCGUGAUUGCGACUGUCCAUCGUCGGUUGCCUAAACCAAGCAGAGCUGAUCAACAAUAAUAAGAAUUAAAACUCCUACUGUAGUAAAAAAAACCAGUUGGCUACGUAUGUCCGAAUGAGCUGCUCGAUUCCGACAUUCAAUGGCGUCUAGUAGCUUGCAAUCAAAGGGAAUCGAUCAUCGACCGGCCGGUUGUUUGGCGAGGCAGCUAGCGUCUCUUUCUCGUGCCAAAGUCCUGGGAAAAAGUCGUUUAAGCCAGUUUGUUGGUAGGUCGCAGUUGCUGUCAGCUUCUUAAUCUUUUCCAUUUUCAUGUUCGUUUUUUAAUUAUAUGGCAGUUAUUAGUUAGAGCAUACACAUGAAAAGCUGAAAUGUUGCUUUGAGCGAAAAAUCGAUGAAUUUAUUCAGCUAGCUUAAAAUACGUGUUUGAACUUUGAAACCACUGUCAGGGACGUCGGUCGCACCGUACGUACAUUUUUUUUAAGCCAAUGAUCAACUUGUCCGGUUUCUUUUUCCAAAGAAAAAUAAGUUUGAGCAUUCUGGCAAGAGAGUUGAGAAACCAAACCCUGGAUCGAGUUAGCCAAUAAUAGAGCAAUUUUUUCCCAAGCUAGGGAAACGAGAAAAGGACAUUGAUUGAUGAUUGAUUGGUAUACCGAACAAAACCAUGUGAUCGUUCUUGCUAAGCAGCCACUGCCACAUGGUAGCUCCUAGCUCGUAUAUUCUUCUCCUUCCAGCUACGUACCAGCACACCAAGACGAAGACGCGUAACAACAUACACGUCUUUGCAGUCUUCACAAGUACGUAAGCAAGCAAAGCAGUAUUGUAGUGAAAGGACAGAGAGCGAGAGUUCGCAGCCAAAGCAGCAGCUUCCUUCAGAGCCGCGCAAAGUGUCACGUAAAAGAAACGAAAAAACUUUUGUCUUGGCCCGGAAAUCUUGGCCGGAUUCGCCGGUAUCUUCUUCUUUCUUCUUUCUUCUUUCUUCUUCAGCCAAUGUGCGUGGCACUAUCCUUCAUUUACGAUAUAGGCCAGCAGGCCCUGAAGAUUUCCACGGCCAGAAAGUUGAUCAUUUCUCCAGCCAGGAAAAGAAACUUCCCCGUGGCCAAGCGCCGAGUCAGGCAGGCAGCUCUUCUAGACGCUACACACACAUAGUUCCAGCCUUCUAGAUGGUCCGUAAGCUGUCACGUCCCGUGAUGCGGGAGGAGGGGAAAUAAAAAUGGCAGCUUCGCCGAGGCUGGAUCCGCGGUGCCGUCGCCCACAACUCCUUCUACUACUUUCCUUCCUAGUCCUCCUUCCCAAUUAGCACCACCGACCGGCGAGAAGUGGUCUUGUCGGGUCCAUCCCAAAUCCAUCCGUCCAUUGCGCGGCGGCAGCAGCAGUUUGGUAGCGCUUGUGCCGGCGGCAAUGGAGCUGCUGUCGAGGGCGCCGGUGCUGAGCUGCGGCGCGAAGAGGGGCUCGGCGGGGUCGUCGUCGUCGUCCCCGAUGGGCCCGCUAAUGGGCGCGCUGGGGAGGUGGAUCUACCGGGCCGUGAAGCCGCCGCCGCCGCCGCGGAUCUGCGGGGCGCCCGGCGGCCCGCCCGUGACGGCGCCCAGGGUAACGCUCAGGGACGGGCGGCACCUCGCCUAUGCCGAGUCCGGCGUGCGCAAGGAGGACGCGCGGUUCAAGGUCGUCUUCUCCCACGGCUUCUCCGGCUCUCGCCUCGACACCCUCCGCGCCUCGCCGGAAGUGGCUGAAGAGCUAGGUGUGUACAUGGUGGGUUUUGAUCGUGCCGGUUAUGGCGAGAGCGACCCGAACCCCAACCGAUCUGUCAAGAGCGCCGCGCUCGAUGUCGAGGAGCUUGCGGACGCACUAGGGUUGGGAUCUAAAUUCUACGUGAUCGGCAUUUCCCUCGGAUGCCAUGCCGUCUGGGGCGCCCUCAAGUACAUCCCUGAUAGGAUUGCUGGAGCUGCAAUGAUGGCACCGGUGGUGAACUACUGGUGGCCUGGGUUCCCAGCCGAUCUCGCUGCGGAGGUGUACAACAAGCAGGAGGUGGGCGACCAAUGGGCGCUGCGUGUGUCGCACCACGCCCCCGGCAUCCUCCACUGGUGGAUGGAGCAGAGCUGGCUCCCAACUUCCACCGUCAUUGCCGGCACCACCCCGCUCCCAAACAAGCGUGACGCCGAGAUCCGCAGCAACAUGAAAGCUGACGGCACCUUCCAGAAGAAGAUGGAGCUGGCGACGCAGCAAGGCAUCCACGAGUCGUACUACCGCGACAUGAUGGUAAUGUUUGGCAAGUGGGAGUUCGAUCCGAUGAGCCUGCCGAAGCCGCCAUGCCCAGUCCACAUCUGGCAGGGCGACGAGGACGGGCUGGUGCCGGUGGUGCUGCAGAGACACCUCGCCAGCCAGCUCAGCUGGGUGAACUACCAUGAGCUCCCAGGAGUCGGGCACUUCAUGUCGCCUGUUCCCGGGCUAGGAGACACCGUUCUUAGGACCCUUUUCGGCUGAGGGUCCAGCAUAGCCGCAGUGAUCAGCAGCAGCAGCUCAGAACAUAUGAUGCUGAAGCAUAGUAGGUGUUCUUCCAGUACAUUGAUUUAUUCUAUGGCGGUUGGGUAAAUCUCUGAUUUAGAGAUCGGUGUUAUAGAUGAAAUGGUGGUGUAAGAUGAACUGUUUUUUCGUCGCGAAAAUCACGUGGCCUGGAUGCCCGCGUACGCAAAUAUGUGCUUACUUCUACCUGUUAAUACAUGGGAAGCCAGCUCUUGCUGGAUCUUUAAAAAAAAA